AUGGUCCGCCGCGGAGCCUCCUCAAUCACGAUCGGAUUCGACUUUCAGUCACAGCAUCAAAUCGCAGCGGCCGACAUCAGACAAUCUCAUCGCAAAGGCGACAUCACUUUCCAAACUCUCGCUACAAUCGCCCAUGGACUACAACAAGCCUGCAGCUCAACGCAUAUCGAUAAAAGAGCCCUCGACUCGCAAGCGACCCGAUACGACUCUCAUCCAAUGCUUAGAUCAUCCUAUUUCAUGGACCGAGAGACAAGUGCCGACCGAGACCACUUCCCUGCGAUGCGACCGUACGAGAAUGCUGCGGUCAACACGACACAACCCCUCCUUUUCCACGGAUUUGACCCCCAGCCUCACUAUCCAGACCUUAUUGACGAGACUUCUGGGUUGUCGUUCUGGUACGAUUCGUGCUACGACUUUGGGCAUUCUAUCGUGGCGCCUGGGAAACGAAUGCCGAUUGAGACGGCGCAAUCAUGA